UCGCGAAAAAUUCAUUCAUCCCAUUCAUGGCCGCCAAUUGAUAGGAGACUGGGAAAACCCCCACAUUCUUCGUCUCGUAGAACUGAGGCCCAAUUUUUUCUUCUACAAAUAAAGACUUUGUCUCUAUGCGAUGCCUGUGGAGAGAGGCAUGAUGGUUUCUUCUUCUCGUGCCAACAAUGUAAUUUCUGGAUUCAUCAAGACUGCAUCAUGCUGCCUACUGCUAUCACGCUCCCCUCUCGUCCUCUGUUGCCUCUGCUUCUCGUAUAUUCUAUUCCUGCCAAUUCCCGGUAUAGUGCGUGCAUCAUUUGCAACAAACCGUUGCUUCUUACCCAUAACGCCAUCUAUUUAUGUCCCCAAACCAUGGAGUUUUCUCACGUCAGAUGUGGACUCGACAAAAUUCAAUAUAAAAUAAGGCUACAGUUGAUCCAACUACCAGAUGACGACUUGGAGACGUUUCCAAGUUUAGAGAUCCGUACAUACUCGCAGAGAAACCAAGCUGGUGAUGAAGACAAGAAGCUUGCUGUCGAGAAUUUUCACAACCAUCCUUUGGUCCUAGUAGAUGAUCAUAAUUAUAAUUGCAAUUGCAAAAAACUAGUGUGUGAUAUAUGCAUACAAACUAUUACUAUUCCGUCUCCAUUUUACAGAUGCUCUCAACAAAGUGGCAGCUGCUCUUUCCUUGCCCAUAAAGUCUGUUUAGAGCUUCUCCCUAUUCUCAAGUUUGAGAACCCUGGUGAUGACUCCAGAGUAGUAUCAAAGGCACAACCUUGUUCGUACCCGAAUAAAUGGUUCUUCAGUUCAAUAUUUUUGUGUGUGGUGUGUUGUCUUCCUUGCAAUGGACCUUGCUACUUCUUUCCUGAGAAUUAUCAUCCUAUCUAUGAUAUCCCCUGGAUGGUUGAUCUGUCGUGCAUGGCUGCUCCAAGCAUUACAAAGCACAACUCACAUGGACAACACCUUCUCUUUCGCACCACCCGAUAUUCGCUGGCCUCUCCCAUCACUUGCUGUUCCCGGGGCUCCAGCAUUAAUGAUGUGUAUAGGUGCAGUACAUGUGAUUUCUACAUUCAUAUAAGAUGCGCCCUACUGCCAAAGAGGGUUCAUUUUCAUAAAUUCGAUCAACAUCCUCUGCAUUUGAUCACCACUGGUACUAGUGAUCAUGACAUCUGCGAGGUGUGUGAGGAAGAUAUAGAGUGCAAGUAUUGGUACUACCGAUGCGCUAAAUGUGACUACUCUUUCCACGUAAACUGCAUUCCCUCGCUUGGCUAUUUGUCCAAAGUCAAGUUUGGAGGCAAAUUUGAUAUUCCUUGUCACUCUCAUCCUCUCAACCUUACACGGAUGCUUACUUUCGGAAGAAAUGAGAGGUGUGGGUUUUGCGACCAAAUCAUUCCGGGAUUGGUAGAUCAAGCGGCCUUCUCCUGUUCACAAUGCAAUUAUUGGAUUCAUUUUUCUUGUGCAAGGGAUUCAUUCACAUCCUCUCACAUUCGUAGAUCCAAGGUUUUUGGGGAAAUCAAUGAUCAGGCGAUUUAUGAUUUCUUUGAAGUUAGAAGAUAAAUUGAUAGUAUAAUAUUGUAAUUGUGGAGGAGGUGAAUUUACUGUGUUUAAAAAACUAUACGUACU